AUGCGCGACUAUCUUCUACGCUCUCAACAUCAGCUAAAGCUCUCCAUCCUCUUCCUGUACCUUAGACUCUCCACAGAAAAGCGAUUUCGUCAAAUCGUCUAUAGCCUUGCAAGUAUUGUUGUUUGUUACUCGAUCGUUCACGUCUUCAUCGACAUAUUCGGCUGCCGGCCGACCAGGGCCAGCUGGGACUUGGCAGUCCCAAAGAGCAAAAAAGCUUGCGUAGACAAGCUGACCACGUACAUGGUACCCAGCAUCGCCAGCAUUGUCAUGGACGUCUUCAUCUUGCUGCUGCCGCUGCUCAUCAUCCUGCUCUUUGCAACAGGUGGAUUGUGA